AUGGGUCGUCGCAAAAUUGCGAUUGCAAGGGUGAGAGACCCUGUCAUAAGGCAGGUUACAUUCUCUAAGCGCCGAACAGGAUUAUUCAAGAAAGCAAAUGAACUUGCCAUCUUGUGCGGAGCAGAAAUUGCUAUUGUUGUGUUCUCCCCUGGGAAUAAGCCUUACUCUUUCGGGCACCCAAGUGUUGAUGAUGUCGCAUCCAAAUUUCUUGAAGAAGAGCUCAAUCUAGAUGAUGGCAUCGGAAGCUCAUCUUCUGAAGUUUCAAACAGAGAGGAUCUGAAUCAACAACUUGACGACGUGCUAGCUGAACUAAAGGAGGCUGAAAAUGAAGCUAGGGCACAUGAUGAGAUCCUUGAAGAAUACAAAGCAACUGAACUCACUCAACUUGAGGAAUUGAAAGAUUCAUAUGGGAAAUUUAAGGAAAUGGUGAAAUCACGUCUUAGUGAUUUAGAAACAACUGAAUCUAUGUUACUUCUUGCAGAGAAACCGGUGGUUGGAACAAAAAACAAAGUCGCAAGAAAGAAAGGAAAACAACCAAUGCUUUAG